AUGUCUCGCGCUGUCCGUUUUCCAGUCCCCUGUCCUGUUCAACUUGGUUCAUUAAGAAAUGACACCCUGGAAGCUCUGCUUCAUGAGUAUGUCAAACAAGGGAACUAUGUGAAAGUGAAGAAGAUUCUUAAGAAAGGAAUUUAUGUUGAUGAAGUUAACUCCCUGGGCCAGACAGCACUUUUCAUUGCAUCACUAUUAGGUCUUACCAAAUUAGUUGAUGUUCUGGUGGAUUAUGGAUCAGAUCCAAAUCACCGCUGCUUUGAUGGGAGCACCCCGGUCCACGCAGCAGCAUUCUCAGGCAAUCAGUGGAUCCUCAGCAAACUGCUGGAUGCGGGGGGUGACCUGAGGCUCCACGAUGAGAAGGGUCGAAAUCCGCAGACCUGGGCGUUGACAGCAGGAAAGGAGCGCAGCACUGCGAUGGUGGAGUUCAUGCAGCGCUGCGCCACCCACAUGCAGGCCAUCAUCCAGGGCUUCUCCUCCGACCUCCUGAAGAAAGUUGACUCCCCACAGCGGCUCAUCUGCAGCCCACCCCGGUUUGGGGGCUUCAUGCAGGGAAACUCUAAUGGCUCUCCUAAUCGACUACUUAAAGCUGGAGUAAUUUCUGCCCAGAAUAUCUACAGCUUUGGCUUUGGGAAGUUUUAUCUCACAGGGAGAACACAGCUUGCCUAUCUGGGAUCUUUCCCAGUAAUUGGAGAAAAGGAAGUGAUUCAAGCUGACGACGAGCCCACCUUUUCUUUCUGCAGUGGCCCCUACAUGGUCAUGACCAACCUGGUUUGGAAUGGGAGCAGGGUCUCAGUGAAGGAGCUGAAUCUCCCCACCCACCCACACUGCAGUAGGCUGCGGCUGGCUGACUUGUUAAUUGCUGAGCAGGAGCACAGCAGCAAAUUGCGGCAUCCCUACCUGCUGCAGCUGAUGGCUGUGUGCCUGUCCCAGGACCUGGGGAAGACUCGUCUUGUUUAUGAGCGCAUCACAGUUGGCACCCUGUUCAGUGUUCUCCAUGAACAGCGGUCCCAGUUCCCCAUACUGCACAUGGAGGUGAUUGUCCACCUGCUGCUCCAGAUCUCUGAUGCUCUGAGAUACCUGCAUUCCCGGAACUUUAUCCACCGCUCCCUCAGCUCCUAUGCUGUCCACAUCGUCUCCACAGGGGAAGCAAGGCUGACCAACCUGGAGUACAUGAUGGAAAGCCAGGACAGAGGUGCACACAAGGAUCUGACUCAGGUACCCCUUCCAACCCAGCUGUACAACUGGGCUGCCCCGGAGGUGAUCUUACAGAAGGCAGCCACAGUGAAGUCAGAUAUCUACAGCUUUUCUAUGAUCAUACAGGAGAUUUUAACAGACAACAUACCCUGGAAUGGCUUAGAUGGCUCAGUUGUUAAAGAAGCUGUAGUUUUGGGAAAUUAUUUGGAAGCUGAUAUCAGGCUUCCAAAACCUUACUAUGAUAUUGUUCAGUCAGGCAUCCAGGUCAAGCAGAAAGACCGAGCUAUGAACCUUCAAGAUAUCCGGUAUAUUCUGAAGAAUGACUUAAAGGAUUUUGUUGGAGCCCAGAGAACUCAGCCAACUGAGACCCCUAGGAUACAGAGAUAUGAACUCCAUCCUGAUGUCGAUGUCUAUUUAGGAUUGACUUCAGAACACCCCAAAGAGCCACCUGACUUGGAAAUAAAAGAGCUGAAGGAAACUGGCAGUCUGCACCAUGCACUAAGGAGUCCCUGUUCUCCCACUGAAAAAGCAGAACUAGACCUGCAGGGCCCAGAUCCAAGUCUAACAGCCAAGGAUACUCAAAACCAAGAUGUUGCUUCUCUUGUUUCAUCUGUGGCGGAAGAAACUAAAAGCGCCAGCACAGGUCAGGCAAGCCUCCGCAGCUUUGAAAGCAAUGAAAUCUACUCAAGCUGCUUGGACAUGGGAGAUGAGAAAGAGGAAGAACCCCCAGGACCUGGUUCAUCUCUUUGGGGAGAUACCCCACAUCAGGUAGUUGAACUGAAGUCCAUGGAGGAAGAAUUGGACAAGAUGGAGAGAGAGGCAUGCUGCUUUUGCAAUGAGGAUGAGAGCUCUUUGAAAUCUGACACAGAGCUUUCCAUUGAGGACUGGGUCUGGCAAAACAGUUCACUUAGUUCACUCAACCUACAGGUGUCAACCAGAGAAGCAAAGGGCAAUGUGAGCAACAAAUCCAUGACUGAUAUGUACAUCAGUAAGUGUGUGCUGAAUCUAAAGAUUUCACAGACAUUAAUGCACCAGUUUACCGAUACACUGAGGAAUGUUGAACAGAAAGUAAAUGAGCUUGAGAUGAUACAGAAGGAGCAGGAGCAGCAAAGGUCUUUGUGGGCUUCUUCAAGAGAGUUUGCAAAUGUACCAUUUUUAGCCGUUGGCCCCCCAUCUUUGACCUAUGUCCCUCCUGCCAUGCAUCUAUUGGUGGGCAGGCAGCCAGACACCAGUGGUAAUUCCGAGACUCUGGCAAGGUCUCUAACAGUGAGAGACUUUCAAGGGGGACAUUUUGGCAAAAGGACCAGGAAAAGAAGUGACUGUGGCUGGAAACCUUUCACCCAGGUCUCUGAAGAAAGCCCUGGGGAUCAAUCCAAGAAGAGCCAUCAGCUGCCAGCUCUUUGUGGCUUCAGAAAACAGAACACAGGCAAACAAUUUCAGCCCAGUCAAGGGGCCAAAAACAGUUUGGAAAGAAGGAUGAACCAAAAUACCAAAAGCCAGGAAAGGUCUAGAGAUUUUGGUUCUCCGGCCAAAGUCACACAGCUAAUUAGUGAGUUCUACAUGGUGUCAAGCCACCUGCAGGGACCUCCCGGGUCACCCAGCCCUGGCCAGGACUCUACCAGGAUCUGUAUGGAAUCCGUGUCUUCUGAAAUCUGUAACCCAAAAUUAAGAAAUAAUGAAGAUGGAGUGGUACAUUUAAAAUGGGAAACGGAAGUGAAAGAAAUGGCAGAGAAAGUAGCUACCGGGCAGCCCAUGGUACCUCCUUGGCAUCGUCAGAGUAAUUUGAUUUCAGAGAAUGAGGCUGAAAACGAGCCCGAAAAGGAGCCCAAUCCCCUGCCACAACCCUCUGUUAGGGACCCUGAGAACAUGGAUUGGCAGCAAGCAGUACAGUAUCCCAGAAAAAAUGAUGAGCCAGGAGGGAACAGCAAAUGUAACAAAAUGAGCAACACUGACCGUGACUGUGACCAGCACAGGGGGCAGCUCAGGCCUGGAAGCUUCACCAGUACCAGGCACCUAUCCCCCAGAAAGAACGAGCAGUCGGAGGAUAUUGCAGCCUUUCAAGCAAGUUCUGCUGCAUCUGUGAUCAUUGAGAAAUCUUACAGCGAUCAGUCUACACAAUCAACUUGUUCACCAGAGUCUUCUGAAGACGUAACAGAUGAAUUUUUAACUCCAGACUAUGAAUAUUUUUGUUCCUCAACUGCUCAAGAAAACUUAGCUUUAGAGACCUCAAGUCCCAUAGAAGAGGACUCAGAAGGAACACAAGGUGCAUUUGCACAACUUCAAGGCUCUGGCGAGGAAAGGUUCCAAAUGAUGAGAAAAAUCCUCGGAAAGAAUGCUGAGAUUUUGACCCAAACUCAGUUCCAACCUGUACAAAGAGCUGAAGGUGAACAAGAAGAGACAUUAAAGGAGUCACCAAAGGAAUUGAAAGAGAAAGACAUAUCAUUGACAGAUAUUCAAGAUCUGUCUAGUAUCUCCAAUGAACAAGACCGUUCUUUUAAGGAAACCUCAAGCAAAACUCCCAGAAUAAGCCAUGCACCUACUAGUGUCAGCACUCCGCUCAGCUCAGGGUCUACUUCUUGCUGGAACAGUCAAGAAUCCAUUCAAACCUUACCUGAUAAAGUUACAAGUGUCCAGGAGAAAAUGAAGAGACUGGAUUCUCUCCUUAGGCCCUCGGAAACCCCGCCUUCAAAAUGGACUGACUUCAAAAGGUUGUCUGCAUUUACUGGAGCUGGUUCUUCCGUGACUAAGGCACCUGCCACAUCACUCCCUGCCACCCAGAGAAGGAGCCUGCCUAAAGAACUUGUAGAAGCCAUCUCACAGCAUCACAUUGAUGAGCUACCACCACCAUCUCAGGAGCUACUUGAUGAAAUUGAGCUCUUGAAGCAGCAGCAGGCCUCUUCCACAGUGCUGGAUAAGAGCACAGCUAGUGAUCCAGACAUUACUGCAAAAGGUCAAAGGCACUUAGAACAACAAGAAACUGACAGUGAAAGAGAAGAUAGUACACUUUGGACCAAAGAAACUCAGGAUCUAGGAGAGGACACAGAAAGAGCUCACUCCACCCUUGAUGAGGACCUGGAAAGAUGGCUACAGCCACCUGAAGAGAGCAUGCAGCUACAGGACCUCCCAGAGGGCUCUGCAAGGGAGACAAAUACCAAGGAUCAAGAAGUUGAUGAAAAGAAGAAAAAAGGGAAAGAAAGCGUCACGCCUGAGAGAAGGAAGUCAGAGCGCUUUUUAGGGACUCCUGAAGAAGAUGAACUAAAACCCUGUUUUUGGAAGCGACUGGGUUGGUCCGAACCGUCCAGGAUAAUCGUGCUGGAUCAGAGUGACUUGUCAGACUGACUAAAAUUGAAUUGCAGAUGGACUCCUGGCCUGAGUUUGAGCAUCCUGGUUGUGAGCUUCCUCCUCCUCUCAUCUUCUACAGUGCCCAUCAGGGCAGCAGUUCAGUAACUCACACUUUGUUCACCUGCCACAGGAGACCUAAAGGUUUGGCCCUGUUUGUUUGCAGUGCAUUUAACCAUUUGUUUUCAGUCAUAUUUUUGAAAAGUGAAAGGCAGUUUUGAUUAUAAAAAUUUCUCUCUGUGCCCAGAAUGGCUUUUGUUUUUUUUGUUAGAGAUUUUAGAAAACUUUAACUCCUGUUAUAUAAUAAAAUGUUUACUUUUAAUACUG